GUCAUUUUCUUUGGUUUUUGUUCUGUUCUUAGUGUUUCGUCAUGUCUGGUCGGGGGAAACAGAGUGGUAAGGUACGUGCCAAGGCCAAGACUCGCUCCUCGCGGGCCGGGCUGCAGUUCCCCGUGGGCCGUGUGCACCGCCUGCUCCGCAAGGGCAACUACGCCGAGCGGGUUGGGGCCGGCGCUCCGGUGUACCUGGCAGCGGUGCUGGAGUACCUGACGGCCGAGAUCCUGGAGUUGGCGGGUAACGCGGCCCGCGACAACAAGAAGACGCGCAUCAUCCCGCGUCACCUGCAAUUGGCUAUCCGCAAUGACGAGGAGCUCAACAAGCUGCUGGGCAAAGUCACUAUCGCUCAGGGCGGCGUCCUGCCCAACAUCCAGGCUGUACUGCUGCCCAAGAAGACUGAGAGCCACCACAAGGCCAAGGGCAAGUGAACGUAUCCCAAUAUCAGAAAAUUUCAAAAUCAUCAAAGAUGGCGUCCGGCGGUCCUGGGACUGGCUCUGGUGGUGCUUGAGGUUAUCGCACCGUGAUCUUUC